AUGGAGAAAGUUGUCCUGUUGUCGUUUAAUGCUGGACAUGUCUUUAUACAGACGGACAAGCCCAUCUACAACCCGGGCUCAAAAGGUAUAUCAACUGCAAAACAGUGUGGCAGUAUUUUCCAGGGAUGCAGCGUAGGCUCUCGGGUGCUUCGGGGGACUGAGGCCAUAGAGGAGAAGGGGAGAGUACUUUAUUGGAUAUUUGCCAUGGACUACAAACUGAAGCCAAAGGAAAGGCCUCUAAAAGUUGAAGUUUUGACUCCGGAUAAUAUCAUUGUGAAGCAAGAAUCAGUUCAUGUUAACUCCGGUGUGGUUGCAAAAGCUUAUCAGCUAACAGAACCAGCCAGCCUGGGGCUAUGGACUAUCACUGCGAAGUAUGAAGAUUCUCUGCAUAACUAUACCACGCAUUUCGAGGUGAAAGAAUAUGCCUUGCCCAGCUUUGAAAUAAAACUGACACCACACAAGAAGUUCUUUCACAUUAAUGAUAAAGAGUGUGAAAUUGGGAUGCAAGCUCGUUACCCAGGUGGAAUGUCAGUCAACGGAAAAGCAUUUGUUGUGUUCGGUGUGAAAACAGAAAACUCAAUGAAAAACCUACAAGAUUCCUUGAGAAUGGACACUCUUCGACAAAUCCUCUGUCUGCUGCUCGACUCUCCACCGCCGCCAUCUCCACCACCACCCCUUCUGAGUUCCAUGGGAAUCCUCUUCGGGCAUUGGAUGGCCAUUCAUGAAGCCACUCCUGCUCAUGCACACCGUUGCUUCAUCCUCACCAGCUUCAGGCCCAUUCACAACAUUUUGUGUCCACAAGAAUACAAAAUCUCCAGAGGAAAGAGGAAGAAGGGUGUAAAUAAAGUUCAGGAGUUCAGUAUAUUCAGUAUGAAGCUAAGAUCACAAACACGAGGUCCUGACCUCAAACUCUCAGGAGGAAAGUUCAAAGCUAACCUUAGAAAGUAUUUUACCGAAAGCAUUGCUGAUGGUGAAGGGAAAGCCAAACUGCAUAGAAAAGACCUUGUGAAAUAUUUCAAGUCUUCAGAAGAUAUGCUGGGAUCAAGCCUGUAUGUCAUGGUGUCUGUCAUCACUCAGUCAGGAGUUAAAAUGGUGGAAGCUAUGCUAGACAAUAUACCUAUUGUGAAAUCUCCAUAUAAAAUCUUCUUCACCAAAACCUCCAAACACUUUACCCCGGGAAUGCCGUUUGACCUUAAGGUGUUAGUAACUUAUCCGGAUGGGUCUCCAGCUUACAGAAUCCCCGUAGUGGUGAAUCCAGGAGCGGUAACAGGAUUAACAGAGAAAGAUGGAACUGCAAAGUUGAAAAUGAACACACUGCCAAAUAAAAGCUCCUUGGAAGUUGUUGUUACUACAGCUAAGAAGGAUUUACCUGAUAGCCACCAGGCAAAGGCUACAAUGACAGCCACAGCAUACAAACCGCUACCCGGAAGUGAAAAUUAUCUGCACAUUAGUGUGCCCUUGGCUCAGGUUAAACUUGGAGAAAACAUAAAUGUGGACUUCAAUAUCAGGAGCACGAAUGAGAACAUCCCACAUGUGACCUACCUGAUUUUAAGCAGGGGACGCAUCGUGGCUAAAGGCAGAGAAGAAUUUGAUGAAGGUCAGACCUUUCGCACCUUAACAUUGUUCAUCACAAGUGACUUCAUCCCAUCUUUUCAACUGGUGGCCUACUAUGUAGCAAACACAAGGGUCGGACAUGAGAUUGUAUCUGAUGCUGUCUUGGUGGAUGUGGCGGAUUCCUGUGUUGGAACGCUGGAGCUGACUGGCAACAAAGCAAGUGACAACAAAGCACAAAUUCCUGGAGGAACCAUGAGGCUAAAACUGAGAGCAGACCACAAUGCCAAAGUGGGGCUUGUGGCAGUAGACAAGGGAGUCUACGCGCUCAACAAAAAAUUCAAGCUUUCACAAACCAAGGUGUGGGACUCAUUUGAGAGAUCUGACAUUGGUUGCACCCCGGGGAAGGGUGCUAACAGCAUGCAAGUAUUUUAUGAUGCUGGGCUGGCCAUACAAUCCAAUGUUGGAUGGGAAACCAUUCAGAGAACAGCCUCGCAGUACCAGGACCUGGAGAAGAAAUGUUGUUUGGAUGGAAUGCAUGAGAAUCCGAUGCGGCAUAGCUGUGAAAGGCGGGUCAGCCUCAUCCUGGAUGGAGAGUCAUGUAGAAAAGCCUUUCUGGACUGCUGUAUCUACAUUGAGAAGAAAACGGAGAGGAACCUCAAGAAUUACAAUGAUCUUUCAAUAAGUAUCUGCGUUUCUCAGCCCUUUGACAUUUCAGUCAUGCCAAAUUCCUUCAUUGAUCUGAAGCUGCCAUAUUCUGUGGUGAUGAAUGAGCAAGUUGAAAUUCAAGCCAUUCUCUAUAAUUAUGACCUAAACAGACUUAAGGUCAAAGUGGAACUCUUCUACAGUCCUGAGUUGUGCAGUCUGUCAACCCAAAAGAAAAAGUUUCAACAGGAAUUGCACAUUUCCCCUUCCUCUUCUGUGGCUGUUCCAUUUAUCAUUGUGCCACUCUCUGUUGGUCUUCAUGACAUAGAAGUGAAGGCCACUGGGGAGCUUCAAGUUUUCAUCAAGAAGAAGUUGAAGGUCGUGCCAGAAGGAAUGCGUCUUACCCAAGCCCUGAUGUCUGUGACUCUUGAACCAGAAAGAAAAGGAAAAGAUGGGUUACAGAUUGAAAACAUUCCAUUUCUGAAUGAAACCAACAUCGUUCCCAGGAUGGAUGAUGACACAAUUAUCACCAUUCAAGGGAACCUGAUCAGUCAAAUGGUGGAAGAUGCAAUUAAUGGAGCCAAUCCAAACCAUUUCAUCAUAAUGCCAGCUGGCAGUGGAGAACAAAAUAUGAUGAACAUGUCUCCCGGAGUGAUUGCAACACAUUAUCUGGACGCCACCAAUCAGUGGGAGAGGAUAGGAUUGGAUCGCAGAGCUCAAGCUUUACACUUUAUCAACAGAGGUUACAAUCAACAACUCACAUAUAGAAAAGAAGACCACUCCUACUCGAUGAGUGUAUUUCUUCCAUCCAGUACAUGGUUGACGGCCUAUGUUGUAAAGUUGUUUGCAAUGGCUUAUCCCUUACUAAAUAUUGACAAGGAUACACUGUGUAAUUUAGUGGCAUGGCUGAUUAGUAAAGAAGACCAGACGAAACCUGGGAAAUUCGAUGAGACCCAUUGGGUCUAUUACCCAGAUAUAUCAGGUGGUCUCAGGACCUCAUCUGAGCCAGAUGCUGUACUUACCGCCUUUGUCCUCAUUGCUUUGUUGGAGAGUCAGAGCAUUUGCCAACCAAAAGUCAAGACCUCCAUCAGCAAUGCCAGCAAUUUCCUUCUAGAGCAAUAUCCAAAUCUGCGGAAGCCUUACUCCAUUGCCGUGACCUCCUAUGCACUUGCUUUAGAUGGCAAACUAAAUGACACCAAGAUAUUGAUGAAUGCCGCUUCAGAUAUGACUCAUUGGCAUGAGAGAGGCUCAAGGAUGCUUUCACUGGAAGCCACAGCUUAUGGUCUUCUCACCCUCUCACGCAUGAAAAAUUUUUAUGAAACGGGUGCUAUUGCACGCUGGCUAAUAGAGCACAGAUACCAUGGGGAAGUGCAGGCAUCCACACAGUACAUGUCUAGGCCAACCUGCCGAUCAUCGGUACAGAAGGAGAGGGAAUGGGGAGAAGGAGUCAUUAUUGAGCUAUUGAGCUUUGUAAACAAAAAUGUUUUACAGCAGGAGAUAAAAACUAACAGACCAUUUGUGGUGAAGGCCAAGGGAACAGGACAAGCCACCCUGACAGCCAUUGUGCAAGGGGUCGCUCAUGUUGUUCGCCCUGUGACUCUGUGGGACCUCAAUUUAGAAGGGCAGAAGCCACCCCUUGAUGAAGUCAGAGAGAUUCUCUUGACCCCACUCACUCCCAAGGGCAAAAACUUGCUUGCCCCUUCUCAAGCUCAGGUGGCCUCCUUUAUGAGUCUGGACCAUGGCAGAGAGGUUAAAUUCCUCAAGUCCUAUGAUGCCUCCAUGUCAAUCCUGGAUGUUUCCAUGUUGACAGGAUUCUUACCAGAUGUUGACGGGCUUAAUAAGCUAAUGAAUGGCGUGGAUAGGUAUAUCUUCCGGUAUGAGAUCAACAAGGAGGCCACAGAUAAAGGAACACUCCUCAUCUAUCUAGACAAGGUCCCUCACACUGAGGAACAGUGUCUGAAGUUUCACAUACAUCAGUACUUUAAAGUGGGAAACAUCCAACCUGCGUCAGUCACAUUGUAUGAUUACUACACACCAGAAAACCGCUGCAGUAAAUUCUACAAUGUAGAAGAAGGCAAUGCCUUGCUUACAAUUAUCUGCCCGAGAGAGGUGUGUGACUGUGCACAGGCAAACUGUUUCUUGCAGCAACAACUGGAACGUGCAAUUCACGCAGAGGACAGGCUCUGGAAACUUUGUGGAAGAGGAGUUGACUAUGUAUACAAGGCACGGUUAGAUGAAGUCCAGCUGAUUGACAACUAUGACAAUUAUGUGAUGACCAUAGUCAAGGUCAUUAAUCUAGGAGUGCAUUCUGGAUAUAUUCACAUGGAGAAUCAAGUCACGAUCACCAAAGCCAUAUACAGAGAAUGCACUCUACAGAGGGGAAAUGGGAAGCUCAGGUCACUGGCAUGCCCGAGGUGUUACUGGGGCAGGAAAUGA